AUGGCCAACUUCGAGGGAGAGAUUGAUAUCAAAUCAGAAUUAAUAAGACUUUGUUUGAGAGUCAAUGACGAGGGCGUGGAUGACGAACAAGUGGACAGUUAUCUCCAGGAUCUCGUCGUUAAGACAUAUGGCACUGAGGAUGACUACGAACAGCUGAUCGAUGAGUCGGAAGGUCUCGAACGGGAAGUGCAGCGAUUGGACGAAGAGAUACAACAGAUCCGAGAUCUGCCGCAAACCCUACAGACAUACGAAGCGGACAUCAAAUCGUACGACAACUAUAUGACUGAAAUGAGAUCACAUCACAACCAAAACCAGACGACACUCGAGAGCCUCCAGAAGGAGUACAGCGAGAAGAUGGCGGCCAUCAAGAAGUUGGAAGAGCAGCGAAAGUGUCUGAAAUGCAAAGUAGAGGAACAGGAGUUCGGUAUCGAGGAGGCGGUGCUGGCGAGGGAGCGGAAGCAGCAGUUGUCAGAUGAGAUCAAACAGGAGUACGGAGUGAUCGAUGAGCUGAAGAAAGGCAUUCGCAGCGCACGACUCGAUUGCAGCAAAUACGAGGACAUAAUUAAGAAAAUGCACUCCGAUUUGGACUCAUUCAUCACAGCGAUGGCCGAUUUGGUGGACUCGCCGGUGAUGGCCGGCUAUAGCGCGGGUCUGCGGCAACUGAUUCAGUGCCCCGAAUGGCGCCAAAUACUGUCGGCGCUGAUCGGCAUCACGAACGGCGAGACGAGCGGCACGACUGUCAAUGAAUUGGAAAAGUUAUUCUCACAUAAAGUUCAUGAACUGAAAAUAGCGAUCAUUCAACAGUUGAGUGCAUUGCAGGGCUCCGUCUCUCUCACUGAACACCAAAAACUCAAUGAAUUUAAUCUAUUAAUCAAUGAGAAGGAGAAGCAAUUGAAACUAAAUGAGAAACUCGUCGCACAAUUGAUGUCUCAAAUGGAAACACAGCGUAAAGAUCAGGUCUCGCAAACGGCAGCCCUUCAAAGCGAUUGCGAGCGCACCCGACAACUGCUCAAUGAAUUUGAUGGCAAUACUAAGCGCUCGCAUAAGGAAGAGAAGCAAAAUCUCUUGGAUUUACAGAAACAAGUGGAUGAAAAAGAAAAACUAUACCAAAAAGAAGUGACAGAAAUGACGGAGAAGUUCGAGAAUAGUGUUAAUACUAAUAAGAGAGGAAUACUUGAGUUUAAAUCAAAUAUCGAGACAUUUAUAGCCGAAGAGGAGUGCUUUUUCUUUCUAGACUUCUUUCGCAAUCUUUUUUGA